CCUCCUGAGAGGAGCAGGCAGAGGUGGAGAGAGUCGCAUCUGCUCUACGUUCAACAUUUCCAGCGCUCCUUCAACUUGCAGCCAAGCCGAGCCAGCUACCUCCUGCCCGGCUGCGUCUGCCUCCUCCGCCCGGGAUUAGAGCACUGAGGACGGAACUGUGGCGCUCCGAGGACGCGGCAUUAGAAGUGAUGGCCUCAGCUGCGCAGCUGUGCCGGUGAUCCUGCCGCUGCACGUCGGGAAGAAGCAGAGACGCUGUGACAACCGACCUACCUUCCUCUCUCGCUCAACAACAACAACAAAAAAAAAAAAAGCAGAGAAGGAAAAAAAAGAAAACACCAGCAUAAACAAAUGCGACCAUGUACAGCGUGGAAGACCUCCUCAUCUCUCAUGGAUACAAGCUGCCCAAGCAUACCAACACCCCCUCGUCAACCCCUACCCCAGCCCCCGCAUCUUCAUCCCGCCAGGCUCCCUCAUCCUCACCGCCAUCCUACAGCAAACACCAUGAAAUCCUGGAGAACACGCCUGGCCCCAGGACAGUAAAUGGAUAUGAAAGAGGGCCCGGCAUGCCCUUUGGGAACAGUGGGGGACCCAGGCAGCCCCAAGCAUACGUCAGCGGCUGUCCCAACAACAACAACGAACCCAGGGACAGGAGCCAGUCCAGGCGGGAGGGCGAGAACAGAAGCCAAAUUGACACCCACUCACUGGGAGAGUCACUGACCUCAGACAGCGGGUUUUGCGAUGGAACCAGAGGUUCACAACCACAGUCCAAGGAUGUGGCAUACUGGAGGAGGAGAGGUCAGGACUUCACCGUGCUGCUGGAUUAUGCAGACUUCAGAGAUCCCCAUGGAGGAGCAGGGCAGGGGGGUUACAGCAGGCCAGAGGGUCCCCAACAAGCGAGAGGCCAGGAGUUGUCUGCAGAAGAUCGACAGAGGCUAGUCCAAGAAAGGCAACGCUGGGCAGCCCAGGCUCAGGCUCAGGCGCAGGCUCAGGCCCAGGUUCAGGCUCAGGCUCGUUCUAGAGAGAGAGAAGCAGCUCUCCAUCAGUGGAGGAUGGUAACUGAGAGGAAGUGCCAGAGCCUGGGGACAGACGAGUGGCGUCCAGCUGUUAGCUUUGCUCGCCAGCUUUCACAGAGUGAGGGUGAGCGCUGGACACAGGAGCAGCAGCGCCUCCAUGCCAGGACUCCAGAGGGCAUGGUAGUCCACCCCAGGACCAAAGCCAAAUCUCAGUCCCUGCCUAGGAUGGUGCAGCCUGAGAGCCUGCAAUAUGUGGACAUUGGAGGCCAGGAAUUGUACAGGCGGGUCAAUGGCCACCCACUGUCACACCACGACCUCUAUAGGGCACCCCGCUGGCCAGAAAAUGGCAGGCCAGCUAGUGCAAACCAACUUUCAGUGACACCAAAGCCCCGCUUCACCCGACCCCCCAGACCUCCCUCCUAUGAGAUGCACCAGCAGAUCAGGGGAAGCUGUGAGGUGCUGUCUGGGAGAAACUCUGUGAUCUCCCAGGCAAGGGACAGGACACCACUUCCCAUAUCAAGGACAGGUAACCCACAACUGGACUAUUUUGCACAAGACUCUGGACCUCCAGGAUACAUCCCUCCUCCGUCAUAUAAAAGAGCUCCUUUAAUGGGAGGUGGCCGUCGGGGAUAUGGGGAAAUUACUGUUGACUACAGGUACCGAGGGGAUGUGUACCAGCAGAUUCAUGUGGCUCCAGAUGGAUCUCACUGGUUUACCAGACAUCCAGCUGAUCCCUGGACCGACCCCCAGAGUGGGAGGAUCAUACCUGGUCAGAAACAGUUGUACCCUGUGUACACUACCCAGGAACACCCUGGUGGAGGAAUCCAGUACAUCCCCUUUGAUGACCCCCGCAUCCGCCAUAUUUCCUCAGCCCUUGGUGGCAACUCCCUAACAGAUGCGGACAAGAUCCGCCACAUCCGCAAUGAGCUUCCCAGUGUCACCGUGUCGGAGCCUGCACCCGACGACAGUGCCUUCUUGCCCCCGCCAUUGGGGCCUUUCAUCUCUGCCAAACUGGCCGACGAUGCUAACAAGACGUCUUCUAGCGACUUCGACAAUGACAAUAACAGGUGGCACAGUGAUUUGCACAAAGAAACUGUAGAUAACUUCCCAGCAACUGACCAAAACUGCAACAACAGAUAUCCCAAAAAUCCACGCCCUCCUCCAUCUCCGUCUUCAGCCUUCCAGGCCCCGUUAAUAAGGAGUGCUUCUCACCUGGGAACGAGUUCAGAAACCAUUACCCAAGUGAAGAAAAUUGCCCCAGAUUCAGUGCCAGAAAUCAACAGGAACACUAAGAGGAGAGUGAGUGAGACCAUCUUCUGCCUUGUGUCUGUCCCUGUUCACACACCAACUAUCAUUCACAAAGACUCAGAUCAGAACAACAAUGAGACAGCACCAAACCUGACCGUCACCAACACAAACACUUUCGCUGUAGGCCUCAGAGAGAGCCCGAAUGUUCGGAGCAGGUCGGUGAAUGAAAUGCCCAUCAAACACCACUACUCUCACUAUCACACCAGCAGCACAUCCUCAAUGAGGAAUUACAAGAGGGCUCCUCUAAGGAAGGAGAUUAUAGAUGCCUGGGCACUUCAAGCCAGGGAAGACAAGGAGUUAUGCUACUCUGGGUCCUGGCCUGGAAACCAGUACCGUAAUCAGGAAACCCAAACUGGCUCACCUUUGUCAGUGGUAAAAAGUCCAGAACCCCAGAGUCCACCUGGUGAACAAGACCCUGUUCAGUCCAUUUCAGAGCCAACAACUGCCGGGACAGACACUAGCUCCUCUUAUAGCUAUCCGAUGGCAGGCCAGAAAAACCUUCACCUCUCCAACAACAGCGCCUUUUCUCGACUCAGCCCAACACAAUCAUCGUCACAUCAACCCUCACCAAGAGAAUCAUCCUCCCCAUUGAAGGCCCAGGAUCUAAGGGAUCAGCCAUCAUCUCCAAGGAAGAGCAACUCCAGUCCAGAGAGCUCAGAGCAAGUGGCUUUUGGCCAGUUCCUCUUAAAGCCGGUGAACCGACGGCCCUGCGAUGCAAUCGGUGAACUGGAGAGCAUAAAUAAGGAGAUGGAGGACACGAUCAGCAAGCGACCCAAUGGAGGUCUUUUCACUAGCGGUCCUGAACCGGGCAGGGAAGCAAUCAGUCUUCCACCAAUGCACACAGAAAAACCCUGUAGUAUGAAAGUCAGAUCAAAAUCCUUGGCUUCCACUGCUGAUCUUGACUCCAUGGACUUGAAGAGCUCUUUCGCCAGGCCACAGGCCAACAACAUACCACCAUCACAUGAGCUAUCCAAACUAUCAAACCCAGGCCUCAAAGAUAGUGUGCUCCUGCCUUUGCUAACCCCAAACAAUGAGUCAAACCGUCUCUAUAGACAGGACAUCCCAGUUCCUCAAGAGUCUUUGCAGAGGGAUGUGGGGUUAACUGUCUACACAGAGACCCCUGGUGGUCCAGGGGAGCCAAUAAAGCGUUCACUCUCAGUCCCUUCCCCGCUCGAUCAUAAGGAGUUGAGUCAGUCAGUGCAGCCCUCGUGGGAGAGCAGGACGUCACUUGUUAAAAAUAAUAGUAGCCCUGAGCACAACACAAAUAAGGAACUUGAAGCUGAGGUUGAAACAGAGGGAAAGGCUAAAUCAAGCAGUGUUUUCAGGGGGGAGGUGAAUUUAAGUAUCUGCAGAAGUAGAAGUGAAAGCAGUAGAUCACCUAAGAAAGAGGGUUCACCACGCAUCAGCAGACUGACCAGGGAGGUUUCUUUCAUGCUUGAGAAUGUUGACAGCGAUGAAAGAUACUCUCUCUCUGAACCUAUGACGUACAAGAAUGAGUCAACCAUUGCAGACAAGCACCUGGAAAGCUUACUGAUUCAAGAGAAAGCCAAUUCUUUACCUGCAGAGGACCUUAGUAACCUGUACGAAGUCAAAUGUGCAAAAGGUAUUCCUGAAAAUGAGUCCAUUGAGGAGAGGGCUGCUCGAAUCCUGGGCAUCGCUGUUCCAGUGGAGGCCUUGGGCGUGGCUGACAAGGAGUCAGAGGACAACCAAGAUGAGAACGACACCACUGUAGAUGGAGGACUACAAAAUCAAGGAGAAGAGACACAGCAGGUGAUAAAAGAGACAGCGCAAGUCAAAGAGGAGUCCCUGGUUGAUCAGGGAGCUGAGAUAGAUAAGGCUAAGGAGACAGAUUUAGAUCAUGAAGACAAACAAAAGCACAGCAGUGAUGGUGCAGCUGAUGAGGACGCUGAAGGCCAGUCCCUGGUGGUACUGGACCUGCCUGAGUUCCCACCCAGUAAGCUUCCCUUGUCCCUACCUGUUGCCACUGAUGAGAAGUUCUCACUCAGCAUUUGUCAUGUGGAGAAAAAGGGGCGAAGUGGAACAUGCAAACUAAUAGAAUCCCUCCAAGACAAGCUAAAUGCUUCUACAUCUUCAGCUGCUACAUCUCAGGGCAGGACAACCCCAGAAAGGAUGGCUCGUCUUAAAGAGCUGGACUCAGUGUCUCGAAUACGACGUCUGAGUCUCAAAGGCUCAGAGUCUGAGGAGAAGGAAACCAGCAGAGAGGAAAGUGAAGUUCAGGAAGAGACAAGGGAGGAAGACGCAAAGCAAGGAGAACAGGAAAGUGUUCCAAAGCCCGAGGAAGAACAAAGAAAGGAAGUGGAAAACCAAGAUGAAAAUGAAAAUGCACACGACUCUCUACAGGACCAGUCAGGGGAUCCAGAAGAAAAUUGUAACUCUAAAGAGGUAACCAAUGAAGAGAUAUAUGAAGAACCACAGAGACAAGAAGCAAAGACAGAAGAGAAUGUUGAGAUUGCACUAAGACAAGACAAUGAGAAGAACGAGGAAGGCAGUAUUGAAGUACAUGCAGGCCAUGAAGGAAUAGAAGAAGCCGAUGAAUUUAAAACAGAAAAUGAAGAGAAAAACAAAGCAGACAUUGUAUCUACAGUAGAAAAUGUAGAUCAUAAAGAAGAAAAUAUUGAAUUAAAAACAGAAAAUGAAGAGCAUAAAGAAGCUGAAUUAAAAACAGAAAAUGAAGAGCAUAAAGAAGAUGCUGAAUUAAAAACAGAAAGUGAAGAAAACAAAGAAGUAGAUGUUGAAUUAAUGACAGAGGUAGAUGAAGUAUCGAAAGCAGAAAAUGAAGAGAAAAAGAAAAACGUGGAAUUGAAAAAAGAAAAUAAAGAUAAAACCGAGGUAGACGUUGAAAUCAAAGCAGGAACUGAAGAGAAAAAUGCAGAAGAGAAUGAAUUAAAAGCAGAAGAGCCAGAAGAACAGGUGGGGCUGAAAAUUGUGGAGGAUGACAAAGAAAAGCCUUCGGAGAAGACAACAGACAGACAGAAAACAACAGCAGUCACUAAGGCCAACACAACACAAGGGGCAGGGGGGAAAAAGUUACCUAAACCGAAGCAGCGCACCAGGCUCCAGAAGCCACCUUUGCUUCCAAAACCACGCAGUGUUCCCAAGAGAGAAAUAACACUGCCACUCAGCUUCAGCACUGGGACCUGUGGCCCCUCGAAUCUGGAGGAUGAGGACAUGCUCUCUGUCUCAGACUCCUACGACCCCAGUCGAGUGGAACGAGUGUGACCCCUGACUCUGCCUUCACCACUGUGGAAAUCGGUCUUUCUCAAGUUAACAGCUUUUUCCAACAACAAAGACUUUCAUCUCACCUCACGGCUCAGUCAGCUGUGACCCUCCAAUAUUGUUAUUUCUUACAGAACUGACUGUCCUGGUGCUGCGAGAGCAUUGUUAUAGCCAAAUAAAGGCGCCUCCCGGUGCCGAUUCUCCGGGCCUUUUCAACCAUGACUCCCUUGUCCUUCCAUUUUCUCUCCACCUCUCCAAAAAGUUUAUUUGCUCAACAAAUGGACAGUGAAGUUGUCUUAUUUUGCUUCUGGAAAAAUGCAUGUCAUUCUUCCCGUCUGCACUUUGGCUCCUUCUUGAGCUUGGGUGUUGAAAUAUGAAUGUAAAAGUGCUUCUGCUUCACAAACUAAAGUAAUGUAACAAAAAAUAAGGCAACAGUAUUGCAUUACAAUCAGUAUUAACCUACACCAAAUGUAAAUAAGACAGAGUUAUAAGAUUUUAUGAAGAAUAUAAAAUUCAGUUUAAUUGCUGAAGAAAUGUAUAUUUUCAUAUCUGUUAAGAAAAGACUAGAUUUUUUUGGAAGUGUAGUCUUUGGGUGUAUUACUAAUAAUGAAACCCUGUGCUCUUUAUUCUUAUACUUGUGUGAUAGAGAAUGUACUCCGAGAGCCUGGAUGCAAUGAGAAACACUGUGGUCCGUGAAUAGUUUCACUUAAGAGCAAUAUAGUCGUCGUAUGUGGGAUGUUUGUGACAUGAUUCGAGUAGUAAGUCUCCAUUUCACGGAGCUCAUCCCAUUUAAACGUCUGCUUUAAAGCUCUACCUUUUGGUACAAGUGUUGGAUUUGCACUGCUGAGAUUAUUGGCUUUAUGUUACCAGUGAGCACCCUAAUAAUCUCUUCAAAUACUCAGAGAUUACACUCGGAGGAUUCAUGUUCACCCCCUCCCUGUUCUCGGCGCCGUCACUCUCAGCAUCAGCAGUCACAACGUGUAUCAGAAACGUCUGACGUGCCAUUUUUGUUCAUCCUCAUACUAUUGAAAAAAAUCUAUAUUUUGUGGCAUUAACAGAAGUCUAUAUUUAACCGUGAAGUUCUUCUUUUCCUUUAGUCACAUCUUAGUUCAUGUGUGAUUUCUGAAGUGCUUUUUUGCAGGAAAUGAUAGAUGUAGCUAUAUCGAUCGCAGUGUGCCUUGUACACACUGUUUCUGUGGAGAACUAGUAUUUUUGGUUCAGGUUUACAAACCCUCAUUUAAACUGGACGUCAGUAUUUCAUCUCUAGUUGAAACAUUGGGGCUGUUCUGGCAAUAAUAAUGUAGUUUAGCCGAAGAAGCUUAGUAUUGAUACUGUAAAGAACAACUCUGUGAGGGUACCGCUCACAGUAUUCCACCAUGUUCAGUAGUAUACAUAUCAGUGCUUUAUAAGUUGUGGGCAUAACUGGCAAUUGGUUUACACUCACGUCACUUAUGGGGUAGCAAUACACGCUAAUACAAACACAUACCAAACCAAACUUUAUGCUAUGCAUUUGGACAUCUACAUUUACUGGGUUUGACACCAAAUUCAAAGCUAGAACUGCAGCUUCUGUAUGCUCGUUAGACCCCGUCACUCUCUGGUCCAGCUGUAUUUGACAUUGUUGGAUCUGGUGUUAGACUUGCAUGGAAGAAUCUCUGACUGGAGUUCAAACACAAAGUUUUGUCUUUGUCCUGUUACCAGCCCAGUACCCGUACCUCUGUGUUCCAGGUAAUUAUGGUGUUAUCUGGUCAUCCUUGUAGGUCUUUUUGUACUGCAAGUUCUUUGUAACAUGAUAUAGACUAUUGGUGCACAUCUUGCUUUGAUAUUUUCUAUUUUCAUACAGAAGUAUGUACAGCUUCUUUUGUAUGCGCAACAUCUUUUUUUCUUCUUUUCUGGUGCAUGAGAUGCGUAAGAAGUCACAGAGAGAAGGUGUAUUUGCAUAUAAUUGCAUUUGGUACUAUAUAGUCUAUCCAAUAAACAACUGUUAUAUUUCAUAUAAUGUAUAUUUUAUUUUCAAAAAGUUAUGCUACAUAUUUAAAAAGGUAUUUUUAGAUUAUUGUGAAAAGGGAACUGUUUGUGAAGGCACAGUAUUUGUCUACAUUUGAUCAUUAAGAAUGAUCAGAAUUGGAGACAAAUGUGUGCUAAUGUACAGUACAGCAGAGUAUUCAUAAAUAAAAGU